UUUUGAUAUUUUCUUUUAGUUGGUAAUUCAGUAAUUGUACAAACGAAAGGGAAUCGUUUUAGGUCUACCCUUUCGAUCCUUGGAUCACAGACUCGGUUUAAGGUUUGUGCUCUCCUGGGAUAACCCUGCUCACUCGGACAGACGGGGAGUAGCAGAUGGGGCGUACAAGCAAGGACCUGCUCUCCUUCGAGCACAAGAAUUUAUCAGCAGCAUCUACUAUUGAAUCAACACUUCUUGUCUGUAAGAAAGACUGCGCUCAAGAUGGGAAGCCUAAUCUUGACAAGAAGCCAGUUACUGCUCCUGUUCCCCAAAGCCAAGUUUUGGGGAAAGUAAAAGAUUUCUUAGGAGUAAUAUCAGAAGCUAAUAGAAGUUUGGAGCUAAAUGCUCAGGAUAAAUCUGUGGACUAUGAUAUAGAAGCGCUGACCGGGAAUGAGUCUGAAAUCAUAGAAAUGGAUUUGAUGCUGGGUAUAGCUGAUCUCCACAACCCUGAUGCUGUAGCAGCUGCCGAGUCUGCAAUUUCUGGUAAUCAACCGGUGAUUACUUUGCCUGAUAGUAGUGAAACAGAAUCAGAUGAUAGUAGUAGCGAGGAUGACAGUGACAAUGAUGAUGAUGAUGAAAAAACAUGCUUUCCUGACGAGCGCAAAAAAAUCGAUUCUAUAGAAAAUGAAGUGAAUGAAACAAUGGGCAAGAAGAAGUCCAAGAAGCGGCCAAGGAUUGUUGAACUUUCAUGAAAAGCUAGUCAGGUUCUGCUUGCGAGUAAGGCGAUAAAUUGAGGUGCAGUUGUGGGAAACCAAGUGUGUGGUUUCUACCAAAUGUUUAACCGUCCCUAGAAGAGUCUAAAGUCCUUUAUUUUUUCCCGUUCAGACAACUUCUAUAUAAUUUUGUAACGCCAAUGUUGUAUGUAUUAUAUAUUCCUUUUGUCGGUAUUUUCUUGAUUACUUUUUGCCUAUGAGAGAGGGACUUACGGUGAUAAAGAGUUGUUUGUGACUGCA